ACACGCACCGCGCAUGCGCACUUAAUGACCGGCCCAUGCAAACACAAGGGCAGAAUAAACGCACACUUUAUUAUUGAUUCAAACUUCAACUUUCUAGCCGCUAGAUUCUUACGCAAGCUUUAGGGUUAGUUUUAGCGACAGUUUUCUCAGCUGAUGGUUUUAUCGGAGCAACAAUGCAGAGAAUAAAGUGUUUUAAAAGCACCUGGAAGUUGAUGAAUUGGAGCUGCGAGAGAGCAGGACAACCACUUAAAACAUUGCGUUGUACUUCCAGGAAUUACAGCCAGCUGCCUCCACAAGCCUCAUUUGGUCUCCUCUUCGACAUCGACGGGGUGCUGGUGCGAGGCGGCACGCCGAUCCCUGCAGCCAAGCAAUGUUUCCGGAACCUGGUGGACCGCCAAGGCAAAUACAAAGUUCCCGUGGUGUUCGUCACCAAUGCUGGAAACUGCAUGAGGCAAACCAAAGCAGAGCAUCUUUCACAUCUGCUUGACGUGGAGGUGUCGCCAGACCAGGUGAUGUUGUCCCACAGUCCUUUGCGAAUGUUUACACAGUUUCACCAAAAGUGCGUGCUGGUGUCAGGACAAGGUCCUGUUGAAGAGGUGGCUCACAACCUGGGCUUCCAGAAUGUUGUCACCAUAGAUAAUCUCAGAGAGGCGUAUCCUCUUCUUGAUAUGGUGGAUCACGACAGGAGACCCAAAGGCCGAAUUCCACCCUCCAAAGGCUUACAAAGGCCAAUAGAUGCUGUCAUUUUAUUUGGUGAGCCCAUCAGAUGGGAGACCAACCUCCAGCUAUUCGUUGAUGUCCUUCUAACUCACGGAAACCCAGGCAGGAAUUGGAAUUCCGUGCAGUACCCUCACAUCCCGGUGCUGGCCUGUAACAUGGACCUGCUCUGGAUGGCUGAGGCCAAAAAUCCUAGGUUUGGUCAUGGCAUGUUCCUGGUGUGCUUGGAGAGUGUGUACAAGAAAGUCACAGGUCAUGACCUCAAGUAUGAGGCUUUGAUCGGUAAACCCAGCGUGGUGACUUAUAAUUACGCUGAGUUGCUGGUGAGGCAGCAGGCUGAGAGACUUGGGUGGGCCACGCCUGUGAAGAGGCUGUACGCAAUCGGUGAUAACCCUAUGGCCGACAUAUACGGCGCCAACCUCUACAACCACUACCUCAAGGCUGCUCAGCAUUUUCAGACGAAAGCUAACCGGAACGGAGUUAGUGCUGAAUCUGUUGACCACGGGCCCGGAAUGACGUCAGCCGAAUUGGGCGGAGCGCCCGGCGUAUUCGCGGCAGGUGUGGAUCUCCCCGAGGCGUGCCGCUCCAUUCUGGUUUGCACGGGAGUGUACAGCAAAGACCAGAAGGAGCUGCCACCAGACACCACGCAAACUGUGACCCAACAGCACAUCUUCCACGGCCAUAGGGACUUCCGUUUUGACCCUAGCCUCACAGAGCCUUCCUUUUUGGUGGAGGAUGUCAAAGAUGCUGUUGAGCUGGUGUUCCAGCAGGAGGAAUGGCCACUGAAUUAGUUGACACAUGAAUUACUUUUAAGGGUCUUUCUUUAUUGUAGUUUUUUCUCACUAAACACAUUUUUAUGAAAUUUCAACAGUGUGAUAAAGUUGGUGUUUAUCACUGUUUGUAAACGGUCUUCCCUUUUUUAUAUAUAUAUAUAUACACACACACAUUUACAUAUACAUUUUUACACAUAUACAUAC